CUCGUUUUUUUACCACCCGCCUGGCGGUCGCCUUGCCCCCGUCCACCACGAAACGGCCGCCGCCUCCUCCACCACGUCCUCCUCCGGGCCACGCAGCAUCCCCACCCUGCCCCGAUAAAUCCACCCAACCCUACCGGCUACCGCGGCUACAGUUUCACGCACGCGUGCGCGGGCGGGCGGGCAAGCGCUAGAGAGGAAAGCCGGGGCGGCGUGGCGAGCGAGCGGCCCACCACCGCCGACCGAUCGACUGCCUCCUUCGCUUUGCCAUUUUUGGGCUGCAGCUUAAUUGGUCGGGGAGCGGCGGAGGGAUCGGCCGGCCAGGAUGGUGCGGGGGAAGACGGAGAUGAAGCGGAUAGAGAACGCGACGAGCCGGCAGGUGACCUUCUCCAAGCGCCGCAACGGGCUGCUCAAGAAGGCGUUCGAGCUCUCCGUGCUCUGCGACGCCGAGGUCGGCCUCAUCGUCUUCUCCCCGCGCGGCAAGCUCUACGAGUUCGCCAGCGCCUCCAGCCUCCAGAAAACAAUCGACCGCUAUAAGUCAUAUACAAGAGAAAAUCUCAGUAACAAGGCUAUACAACAACAGGAUAUACAGCAAGUAAAAGCAGAUGCCUUAAGCUUGGCAAAUAGACUUGAAGCCCUUGAAAAGUCCAAGAGGAAGUUUUUGGGUGAAAAUUUAGAAGAUUGCUCUAUUGAAGAACUGCAUAGUUUGGAGGUCAAACUGGAGAAGAGUCUCCACGUCAUUAGAGGAAAGAAGACCCAACUGCUGGAGCAGCAGAUAGCCAAGCUGAAGGAGAAGGAGAGGACCCUGCUCAAAGACAACAAAGAAUUACGCGAAAAGGUGACUGCAACCAAGCACUUACCGCAACGCGACGUUCAGCCGCCGCCGGUGGCUCCCGCCGUGACCCGCUGCCUUCCCCCGUGGCCGCGGAAUCUGCCGGCGCCUUGCAACGACGACGUGGACGUCGAGACGGAGCUCUACAUUGGGUUACCCGGCAGGGAGCGCUCCGCCAACCGGGAUUCGGGUUCGGGGUGAAGUACAUACACAUCCGAUGCCCGGAUGCCGCAGCUGCCGGCCACGCCUGGUGGUUCUUCCUGAGCCCAUCCAUGCCUAUAGGAAUAAGCAAAGGUCACUGCAAGCACCCCCAGUCACAUCGAUCAACUCCGAGGUUUUUUCCCCUACAAGUUGUCUAAAAAAAUCAAGCUGUAUGUGUAUUGCAAAGAUGGAUGGAUGGAACAACCCUCCUGAGACCUGAAAAUCCAUGCAGCGUUUACCCAGAUUGUGGUCUCUUCAUCUGAAA